AUGUCUCCCGAGUCCCCAGCAGCCGCACUGCGCGGUUCCUCCCUCGCCCUGCUCGCAGCGCUCAGCGUAUGCCUGGUCCUGAAUCUGGGCGCCUUCGUCUUCUCCCUCCGUAUUGUAACGGGCGGCACGCGGCAAUACACAUAUCUCGCCGGUGACCGACCUCGCGAGCUACCUAUCAAGGUCCGCACUAUCCAGGCCGCCUUCCACGACGACCCCUCUCACUACGGGAUGGAAGGCAUCAAUUCCACGGCUGAAUGGAACGCGAUCCGCCCACCAGGCAAGGGUUUCGUCUUUCUAGGGGAAGAGCGCCUCGCAUUUGAUGUGUCGAUGUGGCAUCAGAUGCACUGCCUGAACCACAUACGCGCGGUUCUCGUCAACGGGGAUGACGGGUCGGACCAUACCUCGCACUGCUUCCAUUACCUGCGGCAGGGCAUUCUUUGCGCCGCCGACACAACCUUGGAGUCGGGCGGCACGAGCAUGAAACUGGCUAACGGGGACAGAGUCGCUCCGGGCGCAGGAGUCGUGCAUACCUGCCGGGACUGGAAGCAGGUGUAUGACUGGAUGAAGAGCAAGAAGGAGGAUUGGACACCGGACAUGUAUGAAAGGUUCAAGGAGAGUAGCUAA